AUGGUUCUCUGUGCAUCUUUGUCGGCGGCGACCACCUCCGUGGCCGCUCGCUCAGCCGCAUCCACGCCCCUGCGCCAGUCUUCGAGGACUGGCUCCUCUGCGCGCUUCUUUUCCUUCUUCGCGCCGUCCCGCGCGUCACUCCCUUCUGCAAUCUCCGCUCUGCAGCAGCUUUCGCGGCCGGCUCCCGCGGCCGCCCUCGCGUCGCAGCUCCAGCAGAAGCGCAGCGUCGGCGGCAGCGCCAUUGACUUCACGGUUGCGUGCCGCACCACCGCCGAGACCAGAAAGGACUUCGGUGCGACCACUCCCAUGAACCUCUUCACUGCUGUCAACUCGGCUCUGCACACUGUGCUUGAAACCGACCCGACAGCCUGCGUUUUCGGCGAGGAUGUGGCCUUUGGAGGAGUCUUCCGCUGCUCUGUCGACCUCCGCGAGAAGUUCGGCGGCCACCGCGUCUUCAACACUCCUCUCUCUGAACAGGGUAUCGCCGGCUUCGGCAUUGGCAUGGCCGCAGUCGGCUACACAGCCAUCGGCGAAAUCCAGUUCGGCGACUACAUCCUUCCCGCUUUCGACCAGAUCGCCAACGAGGCCGCCAAGUUCCGCUACCGCAGCGGCGGCAACUGGAACUGCGGCAAGCUUACGAUUCGCAGCACUUGGGGCGCUGUAGGCCACGGAGGGCUGUACCACUCGCAGGCUCCAGAGGCGUACUUCGCCCACGCCUCCGGUCUCAAGAUCGUCGUGCCUCGAGGCCCGUACCAGACUAAAGGUCUGCUUCUCUCCUCGAUUCGCGACCCAAACCCCGUUGUCUUCUUCGAGCCCAAAAUCCUCUACCGCGCCGCCGUCGACGAAGUCCCCGUCGGCGACUACGAGCUGCCGCUGAGUCACGCAGAGAUCGUGACGGAAGGAUCUCACAUCACCGCCGUGUCUUGGGGGACACAGGUUCACCGCCUGUUGAAGGCGGCGCAGGAGGUGGAGAAGGAGGGCAUCUCCGUCGAGGUCAUCGACCUGCAGACUAUCCUGCCGUGGGACAUCGACACCAUCAUGAAGUCUGUGAAGAAGACAAGCCGAUGCCUCAUCACCCACGAGGCUCCAAUGACCAUGGGCUUUGGCGCCGAAAUCGCCGCGUCCAUUCAGGAGAAAUGCUUCUUCAGCCUCGAGGCCCCCAUCAAGCGCGUCACCGGAUACGACACGCCCUUCCCCCUCGCCUUCGAGCCUUUCUAUUUGCCGGAUGAACACAAGCUGGUCGAGGCGCUCCGCGAGUUGAAGAAGGCGUAA